GCAGACUCUUUCCACUGCAUCGCGCGUUUCUGCCGCGAAAAAGGGAUCUGCGGUGGACGGCUCCAGGCGAUUCCUUUUGCGCUCGAUGGACCCAGAGUUGCUGGCGAAACUCUCACGGCGCCUCCGUGCCGUAGAGGGCGAUGCCGCCAAGAUGCCGCCAUCUUCCCGUUGUCCAACCGAGAGCAAGGUCCCAGGACGGCUGCAGUGCCCACGGUCCUGGUACAUGCCGCGGCAGGAAAGCAGCGAAUCUGACAUGGAUUCACCAGGCAUCCGCCCGAAGAAAGUGCGGGAUUGGGUCCAAGAGAGGAACGCCGUCAUGGUGCCGGAGUGGGUGGUGGAGGGUUGCCGCAGCUAUCCGAUGGAGCGCUGUACGACGGCGCCGGCCUGGUACCCGCGAACAGGAGCAUCCUCCGCGAGAGAGGUCUGCUUCGACGAGGAGGUGCAGGUCGAGAGCGAGGCGCAACUCCAGCGUCGCCUGCAGCAGGCAGAGAAGGAGCGGAACCUGGCAGAAGCGCAGGUCGCCAAGGCUGAGGAGGCUUCCCGACACUGGGGCCAGCACCUCGCCUCGGAGGCCCUGCGCUUGGGCAGCACCUGGUCCGAGCUCCGGGACUCCCAACAGGCCGCCGAUGGCCAGG